UGACAGCUGUCCUUAAUUAGCCAACGACAUUAGAAGGGUCUGGGAUUCCUUUAAAAGGAGCAACCAAACAUCUGGCAAAUAUAGUAAAAGGGAUAUUCUGGUAGGACGUAUGCCUACCAUUAGUUCUGAAUACUGGUGAGGUUUUGAGGGCAAAAUGGCUGUGAUGAUUGGAAUCGCUUUCAGAGUUUCUUGGCUUUGUUGCCUGCUAAUUGGAGGGAUAACGUGUUCUACAUCAGAAGGUGAUUGGUCUCCUUCACUGGAUUCUAAUGCAGCAUGGCUCUAUGCAGGAUCACUUCAGUCUCUAGGAUAUGGCAAUUAUAAGUCUCCAAAAUCUCAACUGCAAGCGCAACAGAAACAUCCGGCCGCCAUCCUGCGGAAGGAACUGCCCCCCAUGUCCCAGCAACCUCAGCAAGUGUGGUAUCCAGAUCAAAUGCCCCUGCAUCAGAAGCAACCGGCCGCAGAAGCUCAGCCGCAGACGCAACCGACAACUGUGCCCCAGCAAGUGUGGCAUCCAGCUCAAAUGCAGCAGAAGCAACAGACCGCUGUCCCCCAGCAAGUGUGGCAUCCAGCUCAAAUGCCCCUGCAGCAGAAGCAACCGACAACUGUGCCCCAGCAAGUGUGGCAUCCAGCUCAAAUGCAGCAGAAGCAACAGACCGCUGUCCCCCAGCAAGUGUGGCAUCAAGCUCACAUGCUGACGCAUAAGCAACUGACCACCGUGCCCCAGCAAGUGUGGCAUCAAGCUCACAUGCUGACACAUAAGCAACCGACAGCCGUGCCCCAGCAAGUGUGGCAUCAAGCUCAUAUGCUGCAGGAGCCACCGACCGCCGUGCCCCAGCAAGUGUGGCAUCAAGCUCAAAUGCUGCCGCAACCACCGACCGCUGUGCCCCAGCAAGUGUGGCAUCCAGCUCAAAUGCUGCAGAAGCAACCGGCCGCCAUGCCCCAGCAAGUGUGGCAUCCAGCUCGCACACUGCAGAAGCAACCGACCGCCGUGCCCCAGCAGGUGUGGCAUCCAGCUCAAAUGCCCCUGCAGCAGAAGCAACCGACCGCCAUGCCCCAGCAAGACUGGCAUCCUGCUCAAAUGCUGCAGAAGCAACCGACCACCAUGCCCCAGCAAGUGUGGACUCCAGCUCACACACUGCAGAAGCAACCGACCGCCGUGCCCCAGCAGGUGUGGCAUCCUGCUCAAAUGCCCCUGCAGCAGAAGCAACCGACCGCUGUGCCCCAGCAAGUGUGGCAUCCAGCUCAAAUGCCCCUGCAGCACAAGCAACCGACCGCCGUAGCCCAGCAAGUGUGGCAUCCUGCUCAAAUGCCCCUGCAGCAGAAGCAACCGACCGCUGUGCCCCAGCAAGUGUGGCAUCCAGCUCAAAUGCCCCUGCAGCACAAGCAACCGACCGCCGUGCCCCAGCAAGUGUGGCAUCCAGCUCAAAUGCCCCUGCAGCACAAGCAACCGACCGCCGUGCCCCAGCAAGUGUGGCAUCCAGCUCAAAUGCCCCUGCAGCACAAGCAACCGACCGCCGUGCCCCAGCAAGUGUGGCAUCCAGCUCAAAUGCCCCUGCAGCACAAGCAACCGACCGCCGUGCCCCAGCAAGUGUGGCAUCCAGCUCAAAUGCUGCAUAAGCAACUGACCGCAGUGCCCCAAGAAGUAUGGCAUCCAGCUCAAAUGACCCUGCAGCACAAGCAACCGACCGCUUUGCCCCAGCAAGUGUGGCAUCCAGCUCACACGCUGCAGAAGCAACCGACCGCCGUGCCCCAGCAGGUGUGGCAUCCAGCUCAAAUGCUGCAGAAGCAACCGACCGCCGUGCCCCAGCAAGUGUGGCAUCCAGCUCAAAUGCUGCAGAAGCAACCGACCGCAGUGCCCCAGGAAGUAUGGCAUCCUACUCAAAUGCCCCUGCAGCAGAAGCAAAUGACUGCCGUGCAUCAGCAAGAGUGGCAUCCUACUCAAAUGCCCCUGCAGCAGAAGCAACCGACCUCCGUGCCCCAGCAAGUGUGGGAUCCAGCUCAAAUGCCGCUGCAGCACAAGCAACCGACCGCUGUGCCCCAGCAAGUGUGGCAUCCAGCUCAAAUGCUGCAGAAGCAACCGACCGCAGUGCCCCAGGAAGUAUGGCAUCCUACUCAAAUGCCCCUGCAGCAGAAGCAAAUGACUGCCGUGCCCCAGCAAGUGUGGCAUCCAGCUCAAAUGCUGCAGAAGCAACCGACCGCCGUGCCCAAGCAAAUGUGGCAUCCUACUCAAAUGCCCCUGCAGCAGAAGCAAACUACUGCCGUGCAUCAGCAAGUGUGGCAUCCUGCUCAAAUGUCGAAGAAUCAAACAGCCACUGAACCUCAGCAGAAGCAACCAUCCACCACGCCCCAGCAAGCGUGGCAUCCAGCUCAAAUGCCCCUGCAGCAGAAGCAACCGGCCACUGCUCCUCAACAGAAGGAGCUGACCGCCAUGCCCCAGCAAAUGUGGUAUCGAGCUAAAAUGCUCCAACAGGAAAAUCAUCUGGACGCCAUUCUCCAGCAGCCUCCGCCCGUGUGGUAUCCAUCUAAAUUUCCCCAGCAGCAGAAGGAACUGGCCGUCGAGCCCCAGCAGCAGAAGGAACUGGCCGUCGAGCCCCAGCAGCAGAAGGAACUGGCCGUCGAGCCCCAGCAGCAGAAGGAACUGGCCGUCGAGCCCCAGCAGCAGAAGGAACUGGCCGUCGAGCCCCAGCAGCAGAAGGAACUGGCCGUCGAGCCCCAGCAAGUGGGGUAUCCAGCUCAAAUGGCCCAGCAGCAACCCAACGCCAUUCCUCAGCAAUUUUGGCAUGUAUGCCAAAUUUCCCAGCAGCAACUGGCCCCAAAUUCUCAGCAGAAGCACUACGAAAGCACUGAAGAUGGUGCCUCUGGUAGUUCUCAGGCCAGCAUUGUUGAACAGUCGGGUGUCAUCCCAAGCUCUUCCUACAGUUCCAAAUCGCACUACAAGAAUGGCAGAACUGGAGUCUCCCAAAUCAGCUACACCCCUAGGGAGGCAAUGCCUGUUAACAGUGGAAAUGCUCCCAAGGACGGUUAUGUUAGCAUUGGUGCACCAAGCAUAUAUGCAACACUAGUGAAGGAUUCUGCAAGCAAAAUGUAAUGGAUUCAUCCUCUAGAAGCUCUAAUGACCAGGAAGUUGCUGGUGUUCUUGCUACUCUAGUGUGAUGGAAUCAAUAAACAAUUUGAAUUUAAAAAAA